GACCUCUUCCAAUUUAUAAACAAUGGCGUCUCUACUGAAAAGUGUCCCUCGACAUGUCUGUAAAUUAUAUAAGUUUCCUGUGCGGUAUGUAAACUGGACGCCGAUCCUGAUGAAUGACUUCAGUCGAUUUCCAGUACCGGAUGUCAAAAGCCUACCCGAAGAUAUGCGAACAGCCAUGGAAACUGUGGAAGAGAAAAGUGGGUUUUCUCCUAAUGUGUUCCGGGCCAUGUCAUAUCGCCCAGAUGAAUUGCGGUCCUUUAUGCAGUAUUAUGAUGCUGUAAUGGCAGUAAACAAAGGAAACUUGACAAAAGCGGACAAAGAGAUGAUCGUGCUAGCGACAUCCUCAGAAAAUAAUUGUCUCUACUGCAUCAUAGCUCACGGAGCACUCCAUCGCAUAUUUUCUAAAAAUCCGCACUUAGCAGAUCAAAUCGCUGCAAAUUGGAAAACGGCGGAUCUUGACGAUCGACAACGUGCCAUUUUGGAUGUUGCCAUGGAUUUGUGUCGCUGUCAGCCCAUCUCAGAAGAUAAGAUAGAAAACCUGGAAAAACACGGACUUGAUAAAGACGAUUUGUGGGAUAUUGGGGCAGUGACAGCCUUAUUUGCUUUGUCUAACAGAAUGGCAUACCUGAUGAACUUAAAACCAAAUAAAGAGUUUUACUUAAUGGGACGAAUUCCAAAAGAAAAGUAAAAUGGUGUUAUAUUUGAUAUUUUAUUCUGCUAAUGUACAGUGCUUUUGAACACAGUUAACUAUGUUUAUUUCAUACAAUAUAUGUGUUGUUAUAUUAUAAACAGAAUGUGAUUAACUGCAAAUAUAAUAAAAUAAACACAUUUGAAUCUACAUGCAUCACUAAA